CUUUAAAGAAGCAGCAGGAACAACCCUCAACAGCGGAGGCGGUGGUGGCGGGAGAAGAAGAGAUUUAAUUUAGUUGAUUUUCUGUGGUUGUUGGUUGUUCGCUUGUCUCACAGUGAUGGAAGCUGCACACUUCUUCGAAGGGACUGAGAAGCUGCUGGAGAUUUGGUUCUCACAGCAGCAGCCAGACAAGAGCAAAGGAUCUGGGGAUCUCGGCACCAUCCCAAGGUUUGAGUGGGAUAAACUUUUGGAGAAUGUGCAUUGUUUAAUCAUAAGUGUGACAAAAACUGACAAGCAGGAAGCUUAUGUACUCAGUGAGAGUAGCAUGUUUGUUUCCAAGAGAGGUUUCAUUUUGAAGACAUGUGGUACCGCCCUCUUACUGCAAGCACUGGUCCCCCUGUUGAAGCUUGCCAGGGAGUACAGUGGGUUUGACUCGAUUCAAAGCUUCUUUUAUUCUCAUAAGAAUUUCAUGAAGCCUUCCCACCAGGAGUACCCACACAGGAAUUUCCAGGAAGAAAUAGAAUUCUUUAAUGGUAUUUUCUCAAAUGGAGCAGCAUAUUGUAUGGGGCAUAUGAAUUCUGAUUGCUGGUACUUGUACACGGAUUUUCCAGAGAGCCAAGUUAUUAAUCAGCCAGAUCAGACACUGAAAAUUCUAAUGAGUGAACUUGACCCAGCAGUUAUGGACCCGUUCUACAUGAAAGAUGGUGUUACUGCAAAUGAUGUCACUCAUGUGAGUGGAAUUUGUGAUCUGAUACCAGGUUCUGUCAUUGAUGCUACAAUGUUCAAUCCUUGUGAGUAUUCAAUGAAUGGAAUGAAAUUGGAUGGAACUUAUUGGACUAUUCACAUCACUCCAGAACCAGAAUUUUCUUAUGUUAGCUUUGAAACUAACAUAGGUCAAACCUCUUAUGAUAACCUGAUCAGGAAAGUAGUGGAAGUUUUCAAGCCCGGAAAAUUUGUGACCACCCUCUUUGUAAAUCAGAGUUCUAAAUGUCACAGUGUUUUCUUCGGCCCAAAGAUUGAAGGGUUUAAACGUCUUAAUCACCAGAUUGCUCAGUUCAAUGAUUACAAUUUUGUUUUUACCAGUUUUGCUAAGAAUCAGCAGCAACAGCAGAGUUGAUUAAGAACAAUGAAGAAGAACCGCAAAAAGAAAACACGAUUAGAAGGUGGUGGCAGCUUUCUAGUCAAUGAUACAGGGGGCCAUGCUUUCCGUACCCACCACCUUAUAGUUUCGGGAAGCCCUAGAUGUAAUCAUAGUAUAAUCAUUUUGAAUGGUAUGCAUUAUUAUAUCAAGGAAUUAGAUAUCUUGCAUGACUGCUCUCUUCUGUGUUUAGGUAUUCUAUGCCACUCUUGCUGUGAACUUGAAGUGCAUGUAGAGAAAAACUUUUACUGUAUGAGACUUUACAACACUUGUAAAAGCAAUUCAAUUAGGAUUAUGCAUGGUGUAAUUUUUCUCCAGGUAUCACCAAAAAUUCCCCACAGACAAGGCUUUUGUCCUCAUUAGGUGUUGGCCUCAGCCUAAAUCAUCUGGGACUGUUC